AUGUCAACGGGGAACGCGUCCAACAGUCAGUCCAUCAGUCAGUCCAACAGUCAGUCCAUCAGUCAGUCCAACAGUCAGUCCAUCAGUCAGUCCAUCAGUCAGUCCAACAGUCAUUACAUCAGUCAGUCCAACAGUCAGUCCAACAGUCAUUCCAACUGUCAGUCCAUCAGUCAGUCCAACAGUCAGUCCAUCAGUCCAACAGUCAGUCCAACAGUCAUUCCAUCAGUCACUCCAACAGUCAGUCCAACAGUCACUCCAACAGUCAGUCCAACAGUCAGUCCAUCAGUCAGUCCAACAGUCAGUCCAACUGUCAGUCCAUCAGUGAAUCCAACAGUCAGUCCAUCAGUCCAACAGUCAGUCCAUCAGUCCAACAGUCAGUCCAUCAGUCGGUCCCACAGUAAGUCCAACAGUCAGUCCAACCGUCAGUCCAACCGUCAGUCCAACCGUCAGUCCAACCGUCAUCAGUCCAACAGUCAGUCCAACAGUCAGUCCAACCAUCAGUCCAACAGUCAGUCCAAAAGUAAGUCCAUCAGUCAGUCGAACAGUCAGUCCAACAGUCAGUCCACCAGUCAGUCCACCAGUCAGUCCAACAGUCAGUCCAACUGUCAGUCCAUCAGUCAGUCCAACAGUCAGUCCAUCAGUCCAACAGUCAGUCCAACCGUUAGUCCAACAGUCAGUCCAUCAGUCAGUUCAACAGUCAGUCCAUCAGUCAAUUCCACAGUCAGUCCAACAGUCAGUCCACUAGUCAGUCCAACAGUCAGUCCAACUGUCAGUCCAUCCGUCAGUCCAAAAGUCCAUCAGUCCAACAGUCAGUCCAACCGUCAGUCCAACAGUCAGUCCAUCAGUCAAUUCCACAGUCAGUCCAUCAGUCAGUCUCACAGUAAGUCCAACAGUCAGUCCAACCGUCAGUCCAUCAGUCAGUCCAUCUGUCAGUCCAACAGUCAGUCCAUCAAUCAGUCCAUCAGUCAGUCCAUCAGUCAGUUCAUCAGUCAGUCCAUCAGUCAGUCCAUCAGUCAGUCCAUCAGUCAGUCCGUCAGUCCGUCAGUCCAACAGUCAGUCCAAAAGUCCAACCGUCAGUCCACCAGUCAGUCCAACCGUCAGUCCAACAGUCAGUCCAUCAGUCAUUCCAACAGUAAGUCCAUCAGUCCAAUAGUCAGUCCAACAGUCAGUCUAACAGUCAGUCCAUCAGUCCAUCCAACAGUCAGUCCAACCAUCAGUCCAACAGUCAGUCCAACAGUCAGUCCAAAAGUUAGUCCAUCAGUCAGUCCAACAGUCAGUCCAACAGUAAGUCCAUCAGUCCAACAGUCAGUCCAUAGGUCAGUCCAUCAGUCAGUCCAUCAGUCCAACAGUCAGUCCAUCAGUCAGUCUCACAGUAAGUCCAACAGUCAGUCCAACCGUCAGUCCAACCGUCAGUCCAUCAGUCAGUCCAUCAGUCAGUCCAACAGUCAGUCCAUCAGUCAGUCCAACAGUCAGUCCAUCAGUCAGUCCAUCAGUCAGUCUGUCAGUCCAACAGUCAUUCCAUCAGUCAGUCCAACAGUCAGUCCAACAGUCAGUCCAAAACUCCAACCUCAGUCCAAUAGUCAGUCCAACAGUCAGUCUAACAGUCAGUCCAUCAGUCAGUCCAACAGUCAGUCCAACAGUCAGUCCAACCAUCAGUCCAACAGUGAGUCCAAAAUCCAUCAGUCAGUCCAACAGUCAGUCCAUCAGUCCAACAGUCAGUCUAACAGUCAGUCCAUCAGUCAGUCCAACAGUCAGUCCAACAGUCAGUCCAACCAUCAGUCCAACAGUCAGUCCAAAAGUAAGUCCAUCAGUCAGUCGAACAGUCAGUCCAACAGUCAGACCAACAGUAAGUCCAACAGUCAGUCCAACUGUCAGUCCAUCAGUCAGUCCAACAGUCAGUCCAUCAGUCCAACAGUCAGUCCAACCGUCAGUCCAACAGUCAGUCCAUCAGUCAGUUCAACAGUCAGUCCAUCAGUCAAUUCCACAGUCAGUCCAACAGUCAGUCCACCAGUCAGUCCAACAGUCAGUCCAACUGUCAGUCCAUCCGUCAGUCCAACAGUCCAUCAGUCCAACAGUCAGCUCAACCGUCAGUCCAACAGUCAGUCCAUCAGUCAGUUCAACAGUCAGUCCAUCAGUCAAUUCCACAGUCAGUCCAUCAGUCAGUCUCACAUCCAUCAGUCCAACAGUCAGUCCAUCAGUCAGUCCCACAGUAAGUCCAACAGUCAGUCCAACCGUCAGUCCAACCGUCAGUCCAUCAGUCAGUCCAUCAGUCAGUCCAACAGUCAGUCCAUCAGUAAGUCCAACAGUCAGUCCAUCAGUCAGUCCAUCAGUCCAACAGUCAGUCCAUCAGUCAGUCUCACAUCAGUCCAUCAGUCCAACAGUCAGUCCAUCAGUCAGUCCCACAGUAAGUCCAACAGUCAGUCCAACCGUCAGUCCAACCGUCAGUCCAUCAGUCAGUCCAUCAGUCAGUCCAACAGUCAGUCUAACAGUCAGUCCAUCAGUCAGUCCAACAGUCAGUCCAACAGUCAGUCCAACCAUCAGUCCAACAGUCAGUCCAAAAUCCAUCAGUCCAAUAGUCAGUCCAACAGUCAGUCCAACAGUCAGUCCAACCGUCAGUCCAUCAGUCAGUCCAACAGUCAGUCCAACCAUCAGUCCAACAGUCAGUCCAAAAGUAAGUCCAUCAGUCAGUCGAAAUGUCAGUCCAUCAGUCAGUCCAACAGUCAGUCCAACAGUAAGUCCAUCAGUCCAACAGUCAGUCCAUCAGUUCAACAGUCAGUCCAACCAUCAGUCAAACAGUCAGUCCACCAGUCCAACAGUCAGUCCAACCGUCAGUCCAACAGUCAGUCCAUCAGUCAGUUCAACAGUCAGUCCAUCAGUCAAUUCCACAGUCAGUCCAACUGUCAGUCCAACAGUCAGUCAAUCAGUCCAACAGUCAGUCCAACCGUCAGUCCAACAUUCAACAGUCAGUCCAACCAUCAGUCAAACAGUAAGUCCAACAGUCAGUCCACCAGUCAGUCCAACAGUCAGUCCAACUGUCAGUCCAUCAGUCAGUCCAACAGUCAGUCCAACCGUCAGUCCAUCAUUCAGUCCAUCAGUCAGUCCAACAGUCAGUCCAUCAGUCAGUCCAUCAGUCAGUCCGUCAGUCCAACAGUCAUUCCAUCAGUCAGUCCAACAGUCAAUCAAACAGUCAGUCCAAAAGUCCAACCGUCAGUCCAACAGUCAGUCCAUCAAUUAUUCCAACAGUCAGUCCAUAAGUCCAACAGUCAGUCCAUCAGUCCAAUAGUCAGUCCAACAGUCAGUCUAACAGUCAGUCCAUCAGUCAGUCCAACAGUCAGUCCAACAGUCAGUCCAACCAUCAGUCCAACAGUCAGUCCAACCAUCAGUCCAACAGUCAGUCCAAAAGUAAGUCCAUCAGUCAGACGAAAAGUCAGUCCAUCAGUCAGUCCAACAGUCAGUCCAACAGUCAUUCCAAGAGUCAGUCCAAAAGUUAGUCCAUCAGUCAGUCCAACAGUCAGUCCAACAGUCAGUCCAACAGUCAUUCCAAGAGUCAGUCCAAAAGUUAGUCCAUCAGUCAGUCCAACAGUCAGUCCAACAGUAAGUCCAUCAGUCCAACAGUCAGUCCAUCAGUUCAACAGUCAGUCCAACCAUCAGUCAAACAGUCAGUCCAACAGUCAGUCAAUCAGUCAGUCCAACAGUCAGUCCAUCAGUCAGUCCAUCAGUCAGUCCAUCAGUCAGUCCAACAGUCAGUCCAACAGUCAAGCCAUCAGUCAGUCCAACAGUCAGUCCAAAAGUCAGUCCAACAGUCAGUCCAACAGUCAGUCCAACAGUCAGUCCAUCAUUCAGUCCAACCGUCAGUCCAACAGUCAGUCCAACCGUCAGUCCAACAGUCAGUCCAUCACUCAGUCCAACAGUCAGUCCAACAGUCAGUCCAUCAGUCAGUCCAACCGUCCAACAAUCAGUCCAACAGUCACUCUAACAGUCACUCAAAGAGUCAGUCCAACAGUCAGUCCAUCAGUCAGUCCAACAGUCAGUCCAACAGUCCAUCAGUCCGUCCACCGUCAGUCCAACAGUCAGUCCAACAGUCAGUCCAUCUGUCAGUCCAACCGUCAGUCCAACAGUCCAACCGUUAGUCCGACAGUCAGUCCAACCGUUAGUCCGACAGUCAGUCCAACAGUCAUUCCAUCAAGCACUCCAACAGUCAGUCCAACAGUCACUCCAACAGUCAGUCCAACAGUCAGUCCAUCAGUCAGUCCAACAGUCAGUCCAACUGUCAGUCCAUCAGUCAAUCCGACAGUCAGUCCAUCAGUCCAACAGUCAUUCCAUCAGUCCAACAGUCAGUCCAUCAGUCAGUCGCACAGUAAGUCCAACAGUCAGUCCAUCAGGCAGUCUCACAGUAAGUCCAACAGUCAGUCCAACCGUCAGUCCAACCGUCAGUCCAACCGUCAGUCCAUCAGUCAGUACAUCAGUCAGUCCAAGAGUAAGUCCAUCAGUCAGUCCAACAGUCAAUCUGUCAGUCCAACAGUCAUUCCAUCAGUCAGUCCAACAGUCAGUCCAACAGUCAGUCCAAAAGUCCAACCGUCAGUCCAACAGUCAGUCCAACCGUCAGUCCAACAGUCAGUCCAUCAGUCCAACAGUCAGUCCAACAGUCAGUCUAACAGUCAGUCCAUCAGUCAGUCCAACAGUCAGUCCAACAGUCAGUCCAACCAUCAGUCCAACAGUCAGUCCAAAAGUAAGUCCAUCAGUCAGUCGAAAAGUCAGUCCAUCAGUCAGUCCAACAGUCAGUCCAACAGUAAGUCAAUCAGUCCAACAGUCAGUCCAUCAGUUCAACAGUCAGUCCAACCAUCAGUCAAACAGUCAGUCCAACAGUCAGUACACCAGUCAGUCCAACAGUCAGUCCAACAGUCAGUACAUCAGUCAGUCCAACAGUCAGUCCAUCAGUCCAACAGUCAGUCCAACCGUCAGUCCAGCAGUCAGUCCAUCAGUCAGUCCAACAGUCAGUCCAUCAGUCAAUUCCACAGUCAGUCCAACAGUCAGUCCAACUGUCAGUCCAUCCGUCAGUCCAACAGUCAGUCCAUCAGUCCAACAGUCAGUCCAACCGUCAGUCCAACAGUCAGUCCAUCAGUCAGUCUCACAUCAGUCCAUCAGUCCAACAGUCAGUCCAUCAGUCAGUCCCACAGUAAGUCCAACAGUCAGUCCAACCGUCAGUCCAACCGUCAGUCCAUCAGUCAGUCCAUCAGUCAGUCCAACAGUCAGUCUAACAGUCAGUCCAUCAGUCAGUCCAACAGUCAGUCCAACAGUCAGUCCAACCAUCAGUCCAACAGUCAGUCCAAAAUCCAUCAGUCCAAUAGUCAGUCCAACAGUCAGUCCAACAGUCAGUCCAACCGUCAGUCCAUCAGUCAGUCCAACAGUCAGUCCAACCAUCAGUCCAACAGUCAGUCCAAAAGUAAGUCCAUCAGUCAGUCGAAAUGUCAGUCCAUCAGUCAGUCCAACAGUCAGUCCAACAGUAAGUCCAUCAGUCCAACAGUCAGUCCAUCAGUUCAACAGUCAGUCCAACCAUCAGUCAAACAGUCAGUCCACCAGUCCAACAGUCAGUCCAACCGUCAGUCCAACAGUCAGUCCAUCAGUCAGUUCAACAGUCAGUCCAUCAGUCAAUUCCACAGUCAGUCCAACUGUCAGUCCAACAGUCAGUCAAUCAGUCCAACAGUCAGUCCAACCGUCAGUCCAACAUUCAACAGUCAGUCCAACCAUCAGUCAAACAGUAAGUCCAACAGUCAGUCCACCAGUCAGUCCAACAGUCAGUCCAACUGUCAGUCCAUCAGUCAGUCCAACAGUCAGUCCAACCGUCAGUCCAUCAUUCAGUCCAUCAGUCAGUCCAACAGUCAGUCCAUCAGUCAGUCCAUCAGUCAGUCCGUCAGUCCAACAGUCAUUCCAUCAGUCAGUCCAACAGUCAAUCAAACAGUCAGUCCAAAAGUCCAACCGUCAGUCCAACAGUCAGUCCAUCAAUUAUUCCAACAGUCAGUCCAUAAGUCCAACAGUCAGUCCAUCAGUCCAAUAGUCAGUCCAACAGUCAGUCUAACAGUCAGUCCAUCAGUCAGUCCAACAGUCAGUCCAACAGUCAGUCCAACCAUCAGUCCAACAGUCAGUCCAACCAUCAGUCCAACAGUCAGUCCAAAAGUAAGUCCAUCAGUCAGACGAAAAGUCAGUCCAUCAGUCAGUCCAACAGUCAGUCCAACAGUCAUUCCAAGAGUCAGUCCAAAAGUUAGUCCAUCAGUCAGUCCAACAGUCAGUCCAACAGUCAGUCCAACAGUCAUUCCAAGAGUCAGUCCAAAAGUUAGUCCAUCAGUCAGUCCAACAGUCAGUCCAACAGUAAGUCCAUCAGUCCAACAGUCAGUCCAUCAGUUCAACAGUCAGUCCAACCAUCAGUCAAACAGUCAGUCCAACAGUCAGUCAAUCAGUCAGUCCAACAGUCAGUCCAUCAGUCAGUCCAUCAGUCAGUCCAUCAGUCAGUCCAACAGUCAGUCCAACAGUCAAGCCAUCAGUCAGUCCAACAGUCAGUCCAAAAGUCAGUCCAACAGUCAGUCCAACAGUCAGUCCAACAGUCAGUCCAUCAUUCAGUCCAACCGUCAGUCCAACAGUCAGUCCAACCGUCAGUCCAACAGUCAGUCCAUCACUCAGUCCAACAGUCAGUCCAACAGUCAGUCCAUCAGUCAGUCCAACCGUCCAACAAUCAGUCCAACAGUCACUCUAACAGUCACUCAAAGAGUCAGUCCAACAGUCAGUCCAUCAGUCAGUCCAACAGUCAGUCCAACAGUCCAUCAGUCCGUCCACCGUCAGUCCAACAGUCAGUCCAACAGUCAGUCCAUCUGUCAGUCCAACCGUCAGUCCAACAGUCCAACCGUUAGUCCGACAGUCAGUCCAACCGUUAGUCCGACAGUCAGUCCAACAGUCAUUCCAUCAAGCACUCCAACAGUCAGUCCAACAGUCACUCCAACAGUCAGUCCAACAGUCAGUCCAUCAGUCAGUCCAACAGUCAGUCCAACUGUCAGUCCAUCAGUCAAUCCGACAGUCAGUCCAUCAGUCCAACAGUCAUUCCAUCAGUCCAACAGUCAGUCCAUCAGUCAGUCGCACAGUAAGUCCAACAGUCAGUCCAUCAGGCAGUCUCACAGUAAGUCCAACAGUCAGUCCAACCGUCAGUCCAACCGUCAGUCCAACCGUCAGUCCAUCAGUCAGUACAUCAGUCAGUCCAAGAUCAGUCCAACAGUCAGUCCAACAGUCAGUCCAAAAGUCCAACCGUCAGUCCAACAGUCAGUCCAACCGUCAGUCCAACAGUCAGUCCAUCAGUCCAACAGUCAGUCCAACAGUCAGUCUAACAGUCAGUCCAUCAGUCAGUCCAACAGUCAGUCCAACAGUCAGUCCAACCAUCAGUCCAACAGUCAGUCCAAAAGUAAGUCCAUCAGUCAGUCGAAAAGUCAGUCCAUCAGUCAGUCCAACAGUCAGUCCAACAGUAAGUCAAUCAGUCCAACAGUCAGUCCAUCAGUUCAACAGUCAGUCCAACCAUCAGUCAAACAGUCAGUCCAACAGUCAGUACACCAGUCAGUCCAACAGUCAGUCCAACUGUCAGUUCAUCAGUCAGUCCAACAGUCAGUCCAUCAGUCCAACAGUCAGUCCAACCGUCAGUCCAGCAGUCAGUCCAUCAGUCAGUCCAACAGUCAGUCCAUCAGUCAAUUCCACAGUCAGUCCAACAGUCAGUCCAACUGUCAGUCCAUCCGUCAGUCCAACAGUCAGUCCAUCAGUCCAACAGUCAGUCCAACCGUCAGUCCAACAGUCAGUCCAUCAGUCAGUCUCACAUCAGUCCAACCGUCAGUCCAACAGUCAGUCCAUCAGUCAUUCCAACAGUCAGUCCAACAGUCAGUCCAUCAGUCCAAUAGUCAGUCCAAAAGUCAGUCUAACAGUCAGUCCAUCAGUCAGUCCAACAGUCAGUCCAACCAUCAGUCCAACAGUCAGUCCAAAAGUAAGUCCAUCAGUCAGUCAAAAAGUCAGUCCAUCAGUCAGUCCAACAGUCAGUCCAACAGUAAGUCAAUCAGUCCAACAGUCAGUCCAUCAGUUCAACAGUCAGUCCAACCAUCAGUCAAACAGUCAGUCCAACAGUCAGUACACCAGUCAGUCCAACAGUCAGUCCAACUGUCAGUUCAUCAGUCAGUCCAACAGUCAGUCCAUCAGUCCAACAGUCAGUCCAACCGUCAGUCCAGCAGUCAGUCCAUCAGUCAGUCCAACAGUCAGUCCAUCAGUCAAUUCCACAGUCAGUCCAACAGUCAGUCCAACUGUCAGUCCAUCCGUCAGUCCAACAGUCAGUCCAUCAGUCCAACAGUCAGUCCAACCGUCAGUCCAACAGUCAGUCCAUCAGUCAGUCUCACAGUAAGUCCAACAGUCAGUCCAACCGUCAGUCCAUCAGUCAGUCCAUCUGUCAGUCCAACAGUCAGUCCAUCAGUCAGUCCAUCAGUCAGUCCGUCAGUCCAACAGUCAGUCCAAAAGUCCAACCGUCAUUCCAACAGUCAGUCCAACCGUCAGUCCAACAGUCAGUCCAUCAGUCAUUCCAACAGUCAGUCCAACAGUCAGUCCAUCAGUCCAAUAGUCAGUCCAAAAGUCAGUCUAACAGUCAGUCCAUCAGUCAGUCCAACAGUCAGUCCAACCAUCAGUCCAACAGUCAGUCCAACAGUCAGUCCAAAAGUUAGUCCAUCAGUCAGUCCAACAGUCAGUCCAACAGUAAGUCCAUCAGUCCAACAGUCAGUCCAUCAGUUCAACAGUCAGUCCAACCAUCAGUCAAACAGUCAGUCCAACAGUCAGUCCAUCAGUCAGUCCAACAGUCAGUCAAUCAGUCAGUCCAACAGUCAGUCCCUCAGUCAGUCCAUCAGUCAGUCCAACAGUCAGUCCAUCAGUCAGUCCAACAGUCAGUCUAACAGUCAAGCCAUCAGUCAGUCCAACAGUCAGUCCAACAGUCAGUCCAUCAGUCCGUCCAACCGUCAGUCCAACCGUCAGUCCAACAGUCAGUCCAACCGUCAGUCCAACAGUCAGUCCAUCAGUCAGUCCAACAGUCAGUCCAACAGUCAGUCCAUCAGUCAGUCCAACCAUCCAACAAUCAGUCCAACAUCAGUCCAACAGUCAGGCCAACAGUCAGUCCAAAAGUCCAACCGUCAGUCCAACAAUCAGUCCAACCGUCAGUCCAACAGUCAGUCCAUCAGUCAUUCCAACAGUCAGUCCAACAGUCAGUCCAACAGUCAGUCCAAAAGUCCAACCGUCAGUCCUACAGUCAGUCCAAUAGUCAGUCCAACAGUCCAUCAGUCCGUCCACCAUCAGUCCAACAGUCAGUCCAACAGUCAGUCCAUCAGACAUUCCAACAGUCAGUCCAGCAGUCAGUCGAACAGUCACUCCAAUCGUCAGUCAAACAGUCAGUCCAUCAGUCAGUCCAACAGUCAGUCCACCUGUCAGUCCAUCAGUCAAUCCAACAGUCAGUCCAUCAGUCAGUCCAUCAGUCAGUCCCACAGUCAGUCCAACAGUCAGUCCAUCAGUCAGUCUCACAGUAAGUCCAACAGUCAGUCCAACCUUCAGUCCAACCGUCAGUCCAAUCGUCAGUCCAUCAAUCAGUCCAUCAGUCAGUCCAACAGUCAGUCCAUCAGUCAGUCCAACAGUCAGUCCAUCAGUCAGUCCAUCAGUCAGUCUGUUAGUCCAACAGUCAUUCCAUCAUCAAACAGUCAGUCCAUCAGUCAGUCCAACAGUCAGUCCAACUGUCAGUCCAUCAGUCAAUCCAACAGUCAGUCCAACAGUCAGUCCAUCAGUCAGUCCCACAGUCAGUCCAACAGUCAGUCCAUCAGUCAGUCUCACAGUAAGUCCAACAGUCAGUCCAACCGUCAGUCCAUCAGUCAGUCCAUCAGUCAGUCCAACAGUAAGUCCAUCAGUCAGUCCAUCAGUCAGUCUGUCAGUCCAACAGUCAUUCCAUCAGUCAGUCCAACAGUCAGUCCAACCGUCAGUCCAACAAUCAGUCCAACCGUCAGUCCAACAGUCAGUCCAUCAGUCAUUCCAACAGUCAGUCCAACAGUCAGUCCAACAGUCAGUCCAAAAGUCCAUCAGUCCGUCCACCAUCAGUCCAACAGUCAGUCCAACAGUCAGUCCAGCAGUCAGUCCAACAGUCACUCCAAUCGUCAGUCAAACAGUCAGUCCAUCAGUCAGUCCAACAGUCAGUCCAACUGUCAGUCCAUCAGUCAAUCCAACAGUCAGUCCAUCAGUCAGUCCCACAGUCAGUCCAACAGUCAGUCCAUCAGUCAGUCUCACAGUAAGUCCAACAGUCAGUCCAACCGUCAAUCCAACCGUCAGUCCAACCGUCAGUCCAUCAGUCAGUCCAUUAGUCAGUCCAACAGUCAGUCCAACCGUCAAUCCAACCGUCAGUCCAACCGUCAGUCCAUCAGUCAGUCCAUCAGUCAGUCCAACAGUCAGUCCAUCAGUCAGUCCAACAGUCAGUCCAUCAGUCAGUCCAUCAGUCAGUCUGUUAGUCCAACAGUCAUUCCAUCAGUCAGUCCAACAGUCAGUCCAACAGUCAGUCCAAAAGUCCAACCGUCAGUCCAACAGUCAGUCCAUCAGUCAUUCCAACAGUCAGUCCAUAAGUCCAACAGUCAGUCCAUCAGUCCAAUAGUCAGUCCAACAGUCAGUCUAACAGUCAGUCCAUCAGUCAGUCCAACAGUCAGUCCAACAGUCAGUCCAACCAUCAGUCCAACAGUCAGUCCAAAAGUAAGUCCAUCAGUCAGUCGAAAAGUCAGUCCAUCAGUCAGUCCAACAGUAAGUCCAUCAGUCCAACAGUCAGUCCAUCAGUUCAACAGUCAGUCCAACCAUCAGUCAAACAGUCAGUCCAACAUUCAGUCCACCAGUCAGUCCAACAGUCAGUCCAACUGUCAAGUCCAUCAGUCAGUCCAACAGUCAGUCCAUCAGUCCAACAGUCAGUCCAACCAUCAGUCCAACAGUCAGUCCAUCAGUCAGUUCAACAGUCAGUCCAUCAGUCAAUUCCACAGUCAGUCCAACAGUCAGUCCACCAGUCAGUCCAACAGUCAGUCCAACUGUCAGUCCAUCCGUCAGUCCAACAGUCAGUCCAUCAGUCAGUUCAACAGUCAGUCCAUCAGUCAAUUCCACAGUCAGUCCAUCAGUCAGUCUCACAUCAGUCCAUCAGUCAGUCCAUCAGUCAGUCCGUCAGUCCAACAGUCAGUCCAAAAGUCCAACCGUCAGUCCAACAGUCAGUCCAACCGUCAGUCCAACAGUCAGUCCAUCAGUCAGUCCAACACUCAGUCCAACUAUCAGUCCAACAGUCAGUCCAACAGUCAGUCCAAAAUCCAUCAGUCCAACAGUCAGUCCAACAGUCAGUCCAACCAUCAGUCCAACAGUCAGUCCAAAAGUAAGUCAAUCAGUCAGUCGAAAAGUCAGUCCAUCAGUCAGUCCAACAGUAAGUCCAUCAGUCCAACAGUCAGUCCAUCAGUUCAACAGUCAGUCCAACCAUCAGUCCAACAGUCAGUCCAACAGUCAGUCCAAACGUUAGUCAGUCAGUCAGUCAGUCCAACAGUAAGUCCAUCAGUCCAACAGUCAGUCCAUCAGUUCAACAGUCAGUCCAACCAUCAGUCAAACAGUCAGUCCAUCAGUCAGUACAACAGUCACUCUAACAGUCACUCAAAGAGCCAGUCCAACAGUCAGUCCAUCAGUCAGUCCAACAGUCAGUCCAACAUUCCAACAAUCAGUCCCACAGUCAGUCCAACAGUCAGUCCAUCAGUCAGUCUCACAGUAAGUCCAACAGUCAGUCCAACCGUCAGUCCAACCGUCAGUCCAACCGUCAGUCCAUCAGUCAGUCCAUCAGUCAGUCCAACAGUCAGUCCAUCAGUCAGUCCAUCAGUCAGUCUGUUAGUCCAACAGUCAUUCCAUCAGUCAGUCCAACAGUCAGUCCAAAAGUCCAACUGUCAGUCCAACAGUCACUCCAAUGGUCAGUCAAACAGUCAACAGUCAGUCCAUCAGUCAGUCCAACAGUCAGUCCAACGUCAGUCCAACCGUCAGUCCAACCGUCAGUCCAACCGUCAGUCCAUCAGUCAGUCCAUCAGUCAGUCCAACAGCUAA